AUGACUUUCUCAUGUGGCAUCGACUUUUCCAAGCCAGCCGACAAGGGCGAGCUCGAAGACGUCUUUGCAGAGACCAUCGGACAAUGGGACAAGACGGUACGAAAAGCCGUCGGGUAUCCGCGCAACUGGAUCAGACACCCCAAGAUCCAGGAGCUCAUGAAGACAGCCGGCGACUACGGAGUGCACAACGUCGGCAACUGGGCCGAGGGAGGGCGUUUCGCGCCCGAGGCCUUCUGCUACGAGUUCGAAGUCAUGCUGUUCUUCAUGGAGCUCUUCCACUGCGCCGGCGGCGAGGACAGGUACUGGGGCUACAUCGACGCCAGCGGCAGCAGCGGGAACAUCUGGGCGGCGACGGUGGGCAAGGCGGUGCUGCGCAAGGCCGGCGGCCGGGAUCCGGUCAUGCUCUUCAGCAAGGCGGCCCACUACUCGUUUGACACGGCCGUGCUGCAGAACGGGCUGCGCGCGCAGACGAUUGACGAGAAGGACGACGGCUCGAUCGACAUGGCGGCGCUCCGGGAGGCGUUUGAGAAGCAUGACGACCGCCCGAUAUGGAUGGGCAUCCUCUGCGGAGGGACCGUCAAGGAGGGGCGCGAUAAUAUCCGGCAGAUCCUCGAGCUCGCCCGGGACUCGGGGCGGCCGCGCAGCGACUUCUUCUUCCACGUCGAUGGCGCGUUCAGCGCAGUGCCUCUCGCGCUGAUGAGUGAUGCCGAUGACGCUGAUAUCGUUCCGAGCUUUGGGCUUGACGUCGACGGGUUCGGCAUCGACACCCUCAACGUGUCGACGCACAAGUUCAUCGGCACGCUGGACACGGGGGGCAUGAUCCUGAUGCGCAGAGAGCACAGUGAGGCCGUCGCCGUCAAUGUCGAGUACAUCCAGUCGGUCCACAAGACGCAGAUCGGGUCGAGGAACGCGAGGGCCAUCCUCGAAUGUUGGAUGCUGAUCAAGUACGUCGGACGGGAUACGUUUACCGAAUGGGCCUUUGCGUGCGCCCAGAGGGCCCGUAAGUUGAAGAAGGAAAUGGCAACAGUCGGGGCUGAGGACAUUCUUCUGAACCACAACGCGAUGACUGUGUACUGCAAAGAGUUUUCGCCCCAAGUGUCGAAGGAGUUUUAUCUGGCGCCCCAAAAGGGCUACGUACAUGCCAUCAUCACACCGCACACAUUACAUCCUUCUGAAUUGGGGACAAACAGAGAGGGGGAGCCCUUUGAGGGGUUCGACACGGCGAACCGGUUUGUGGAGGCUGUCGGAAAGCGGCGAUGA